AUGGCCUUCAUACAGCAGCAUAGACCGCAGAGCGGACGACAGAUAUCUUACCACGCACCAGAACCCACCGCCGAACCUGCGACUACCUCGUUACAGCCUAUCCGAUCCCUGGAUCAAUCAGAGGAAUGGGUCCUCUUCUCGCCCACCGCGCCUUCUACUACCACCCGCACACAUACUACCUCGACCGACCGAACGCCACGGACAGCUGGUCUGUCACGUUUCAGCGAGUUUGGCUCACUCGAGACUGCUGCGCGGUCAGAGCAAGAUGAUGAUGCUGGCUCAUUUCUUGGGACGGAAGAGGAGCUGGACAGCCUAGAUGACGGCUUACACGCCUUCCAUGAGCCAUCUGAAUAUGGCGCGCCAGUAAGCAGGCUCCAGGAGAGCGGUGAUACUGUGUUACCAACGCAUGAUGGAUUGGGCGAGUUCAAGCCGGAUGCGACUAUGCAGGAACACAUGUGGCAGUUUGAACGCUCACGGCGACGAGCACCCAGGCGGCGUUCGAGUGUGCAGCGGCACCUUUCAGUCCUCGAUGACCACGAGGAGACCAACACAGAACAUGAGAAGCGACAGCGCAUUGAGAGAUGGCGACUGGAGCAAAGCAAAGCGUUACUGGAAGAGAUCGAGAAGGAGACUAGGCGGAGGCGGCGAAUGAGCAUGGUUAGUACUGGAGCGAGCCGGGUUGAUGGACAAAAGGAGACGACGAGCGCAAAACCACCCACUGCCCAAUCCGUGUCAGACGUGAGCGAAUCUUCCGAUGAAGGCACGGAGAAUCUCUCCUUCUGGCAACGGAUAACGCGACGGGUGAUUAGGGAUCUUAUUGGUCUGGACGAAGACACCCUCUCAGUCAUCUUUGGAGAGACUCUGCCUGACGAGGCCGCAACACCCAUGCCAGGGUCGCCCACCACCGAGUUCUCAGCAGAUAAAGCUCUACAAGACGCAGGUGUCGACGCGUCCCGUUUUUCUGAUGAUACCUGGCAGACGAAGCUUCUCGAGAGAGUAGCUCAGGAAUUGGGAACUUUGGUCAACCAGCUUUCUGAGCAUCCUGGAGCUUUCUCAACAUACCAACGAACACAAUCAACACCAGACUACGCGGGUCUUACACGAGAAAUAUCAAACACGACAGUCGUAUCCGAACCCCUAUCUUCGGUACCCGCCAGUUCACAACCUGCCACAACUCCCUCGUCUGCUCAAUUCGCACCCACCUUCCCCGCACAAACCUCAACCACCUACAGCGAAGCAUCAUUAUGGGGUAUUGAAGAAGAGCCUACCGAAACCGAAACUGACGCUGCAGCCUCAUCUCACACCCCUCCUGUCCUCACCACAAACAUCGCCGACGAUCUAGCCAGAGAGCGCGAGUACUGGGAACGCGAAAUCGAUGUCAAAAUGAUCUUCAACUUCCUCAUGAAGCGCUUCUCCUCACGCCGUCCUAGCAUCUCCUCUUCCCAAACUCUCCCACCACCACAACCCAUCCGUACCGCCAGCGCCCCUUCCCCAACUACAAACGACAACCUUGGCUCCGCGCGUCGAGCAGCCAUUAUCCGCCAACACCACCCUUUGGUAAACCGGACGACGACCGAUGGUAGACUCCCUACGUCGUCCGCCCAUCAUUCAAGGGAGUCGCGUCGCUUCGCUACCUACUACACACCCCCAGCCAGUAGCCUCAAAGACAAGACGAAGUUACGGAGUAGCUCGAGUUGCGCUAGUCAGAGUACCAAGAAGAGUAAGAGGAGUGGCAGUUCACAAAGGAACUACUGGGAUCUCGGCGGUAGUGUGGGUAGUGGGAGUGUUGUUGGUGGUUGA